AUGUUUUCUUUGCGACUGGGUACUUUGUUUGUUCUUUUGCAUGUUCUUUUUGUUUUUGGGACUGAGCUGACGUUUGAACUUCCGGAUAACAAAAAGCAGUGUUUUUACGAGGAGUUUGAGAUUGGCGCUAAGUUGGAAAUUGACUACCAAGUUAUUGCAGGGGGAAAUUAUGAUGUGGAUUGUUUUGCCACUGACCCACAAAACAAUCUGAUCUACGAUGCGAAGAAAAGACAAUAUGACAGCAUUUCCAACACAACGGCUCUGAAAGGAGUCUACAAAUCCCUGUUCCCAGACAUGUUACAAAAUACAGCACUCACCCAGCUGGAAUCGAGCUGUGUGACCAUCCAUGCUGUCCUGAAGGGGGUGGCUGAGUCCCAGACUUGGGCCAGACUUCGGGAGGCUCACGAUCGAAUGAAGGCAGAGCACCUUCUUGAACGUGUCACGUAUUGUGCGCUGUUCCACGUCACACGCACCGUGAGCGCAGGCCUGUCUCCCAGCGGAGGUUUGGGACCUGCUGCCGGCUCUUAUCAAAGACAAAACUAUGCGACAAAUAAACGCAUCAAAGUGGACAACCCAGUUGUGGAGAUGGAUGGAGACGAGAUGACCCGAAUAAUUUGGGAAUAUAUAAAAGACAAGCUGAUCCUUCCCCAUGUGGAUGUGGAGCUCCUGUACUUUGACUUGGGCCUGCCGUACAGAGACCAGACCAAUGACCAGGUCACUGUGGAGUCUGCUCUGGCCACUCUCAAAUACAAUGUGGCAGUGAAGUGUGCCACCAUUACCCCAGAUGAAGAUCGAGUAGAGGAGUUUAGACUGAAGAAGAUGUGGAAGAGUCCGAAUGGCACCAUCAGAAAUAUUUUGGGAGGAACUGUGUUUCGUGAACCAAUACUUUGUAAAAACAUCCCCCGUCUUGUUCCUGGUUGGAUUCAGCCCAUAAUAAUUGGCAGACAUGCAUUUGGCGACCAAUACAGGGCCAAAGACUUUGUGGUUGAUGAGCCAGGAAAGUUCAAGAUUGUUUUCUCUCCUGCGGAUGGAAGCCAACCCAAGGAAUGGGACGUUUUUAACUUUUCAUCUGGUGGCUGUGGAAUGGGAAUGUACAACACAGACGAUUCCAUCAGUGGGUUUGCUCACAGCUGCUUCCAGUACUCCAUCCAAAAAAGAUGGCCUCUAUACAUGAGCACCAAAAACACCAUCCUCAAAGCCUAUGACGGACGUUUCAAGGAUAUUUUUGAAGAAAUCUUUGAAAAAUUUUAUAAAGAAACAUUUGACAAGCUGAAUAUUUGGUAUGAACACCGCCUGAUUGAUGACAUGGUGGCGCAGGUUCUCAAAUCGUCUGGGGGCUUUGUGUGGGCCUGUAAAAACUACGAUGGAGAUGUUCAGUCAGAUAUCCUGGCUCAAGGUUUUGGCUCUUUGGGUCUGAUGACUUCUGUGCUAGUGCGUCCUGAUGGCAAAACUAUUGAAGCAGAGGCUGCACAUGGCACAGUCACCAGACACUACAGGGAACACCAGCGGGGAAGAGCCACAAGCACAAACCCAAUUGCAAGUAUUUUUGCUUGGACCAGAGGCCUGGAGCAUAGGGGGAAGCUGGAUGGAAAUCCUGAUUUAAUCAAGUUUUCCCAAACAUUAGAGAAAGUAUGUGUGGAAACAGUUGAAAGGGGCAUCAUGACCAAGGACCUUGCAGGCUGCAUUCAUGGUUUGGCCAACUGUAAAAUGGGUGAACAUUAUGUUAACACAUCAGACUUCUUGGACGCCAUCAAGACCAACCUGGACAAAGUGCUGGAAAAAAAUUAA